GGCAUUAAUACUCCCAAUUUUUAUUACAUACUUCUUUUUUUUUACCCUACCUCUACAAAAUGAAUCGAUCGAAAGGUGUUGGUCUUUUGGCUCAAGGCGUCGCCUCUUGCUCAACACAGGCAACUGUUUAUGGCCAAUGCAUAGCAGCGAAAUACCAAGAUGCACACAAGGACAUGUGUGCCAAGGAAUUCGAGAAUUUCAAGCAAUGCGUACAAAAAGCCGUGAGUAAAAAUAAAAAAAGCAAACACAUAUUACCCUCUCACUAUGUUCUUCCUCCGUAUCAUCCUUUAUUUACUAACGAUGACGUGCGUGUCUCUUAUGUGUGUAGGUCAAGAGAAAGUGGUAGUUCCUCCUUUGUCCAUGUAUAUAGCCCGUUGACAGCCGCGUUACAUAUCUAAUACAAUUACACAAUGUCCUCCCUAUCUCUCCUUCUCUGGUUUCUAUGGUACGAGCAUUCAAUCCAUUUAUCAUUAUGCAAACAAAAGUGCGGAUUGUUAUUUAGAACGUUUUGGAGAGGGAGAAAAAGAUUCAGGCGUACUCUUUUCUAUCUAAUGUCACGUUAUAGACAUGAAGAAACGUUAACCAUUGUCACGUCAGCAAUUGCUCCAUGUAGGGAGAAAUGGUAUUAAAAAGUGAGCGUGUUCUAGGAGAAAUUGAUGGUGUGUUGUUGGUGGUGGAAAUUCAAAUGAGG